AUGCUUGACCCUCGGCGGACCCCCUCGACACCCAAAUGGUACUACCAGUUCGAUGGAGUCGUCCCGUGGGGUGUGUUCAACGAUGAUCCGCCGCUGUGUGGCCUGAUGGACAACAGCUCGCGGCGUAUGGCAGUCGCUCGUUACAAUCACAACCAGAUGAAUUCCUAUCACUGUUCAGGACAGGUACUCUUAUUGGACUAUUGUCUCGGCUGGACGAACGGCUCCCUCGUCAGCUCUCGAUGCUCGAGCAGUGGAAACUUCUAUGCUAGUGUAGAUUGCGACAACUGUUCGGUCAACAAGACAUACGACCUGACCUGCGAAUGCAAGACGGCUGCGAACCAGACCACCCAUGCUACCAUCAAUCUUGGCGAAGAAGACAUCAUCUAUGCAGAUGGUUAUGGUGGUCUCCAGGCACCUGCUUUGGAAACGGCUUUCGCCAUUUCGAGGCAGGCUGCAUGGGAGAAUUCUUCGACCCUCCAGUCCGCCCAGGGGCCUCCGAGGCUAUGA